AUGGCUAUCGCUCAACCAAAUCUCUACAGCUACCCGGGCGUCGAUGCCUUGGCCGAGCAAUUACGGCCCUAUGUCCUGCGCUGCCAAGCUGCGGCGUUAGACCGCCACGACACCUUCCGUGUUGCCGUCUCUGGUGGUUCCCUGCCAGCCGUGCUCGCGCGCGCUCUGCUGGCCCCCGGCAAUGGCUCUCCCGAAGAUACCCCGCAGUUCAGCAAGUGGCACAUCUUCUUCGCGGAUGAGCGUGCCGUGCCGCUCGACCACAAGGACAGCAACUACUGCUUGCUCAAGGAGGAGCUGCUAGACAAAAUCCCCGCGGAGCUCGGAGCUCCGAUCGCCCACCCUAUUGAUGAAAAGCAUGUCCACGACGAGGACCCCCAAGAGCUGGCCGACCUCUAUCAGGAGGAUCUGAUGCGAUCUUUUGCCGCCAAGGACAGCGUUAAACUGCCCGUCUUCGAUCUCAUCCUUUUGGGAUGCGGUCCCGACGGCCACACCUGCAGUCUGUUCCCCGGUCACGACCUGCUGCGCGAGAAGGAUGCCUGGGUCGCUGCCAUUAGCGACUCCCCCAAGCCUCCGCCCAAGCGCAUCACUCUCACUCUGCCCGUUGUCACCUCGGCCAUCAACAUUGCUUUUGUCGCCACUGGUGGCGGCAAGAAGGAUAUCAUGAAGGCGAUCUUCGACUCAGAAGAAGGCCGUAGCCUCCCUUGCGCUCUGGUGAACCACAGUGGUGGUGAGAAGGUUUCCUGGUUCACCGAUAACGCGGCGGUGGAGGGUGUUUCUUUCCCUCGGAGCAGCCUGUGA